AUGACAGUGACCACUGCCUACUGCAUUUCAGACCUCUAUGCGGCUGAGGUGUUUCCUACUACUGUGCGUAAUAUGGGUAUCUACAUUAUCAUGACGACGGGUGCGGUGGUGGCCGCCCUGGCCCCCUAUCUGAAUCGAUUGACGGACGUCUUCUACUGCCUGCCUGGCCUGUUGUACGGCGUUUUCUGUGCCCUGGGCGCUCUGUUGGUCUUCUUCUACAUACCCGAGACAGGGAAAUGUCCACUGGCCCAAACGCUAGACGAGGCUGAAAGACUUGUCCGCGGGCACGAGGAUGAGUGGAUUGAACAAAUGUAUGGAAUGAACACUGAGAUGAGCGUCAGUUCAAAGCAGACUUAG